UGACCAGUACAGCCAAUGGCAAAUCCAUCGGCGUCGUGGGUGGAUCUUCCGCUAGAGUUAACGGCAAACAUUCUGCAAAGGCUGAGUGUGGAGGAUAUUUUCCAGAGCGCACUGGUGUGUACUGCCUGGUGGAGGCUAUGGCAAGAUCCCUCCAUGUGGCGCUAUGUGGACUUCUGGAAUCUAGUAGCUCAGCGGGGUAAAGCACGGGACUGGGAUAAAAUUUGCAGAGAAAUAGUGAAUCGUAGUGAGGGGCAACUUAUUUCCAUCAAACUAGGCCACUUUGCUACUGAUGAUCUGCUCUUCUACAUUGCUCAGAGAGCAAAACAGCUGAGACAUCUUGGUAUUAGGUCCAGCCAUGUUUCUGAUGAAGGUUUUAGUAAAGCUGUUAAUGAGUUUCCACUGUUGGAGGAGCUACACCUUGAAUAUUCUGCCAUUUCUAAACAAGGAAUUGAAGCUGCUGGACAGUCUUGCCCUUUCCUCAACUCAUUUUCCUUCAGGGUACGUAGAUUCCUAAACGGACCAUCUGAUGAGGAGGCUGUUGCCAUUGCAGAAAACAUGCAUGGGUUGAGACACCUUACACUUGGUGGAAAUGGAUUGACAGAAAAAGGCGUAGAGGCCAUCCUUGAUGGUUGUCCUCGCCUUCAAUCUCUCAACUUAGAGCAGUGUAAUCAUGUUUGGCUUGAAGGGGAGUUGAGGGAGAGAUGCUCUCAACAGAUUAAGGACCUAAACCAGCACGUUCGCAAUCCUGGUGCUUAUUUGCACAAUCUGCUUUUCCGACUUUUUUAUACGUAA